AGAUCUUUGACCGCGACGAUGACAAAGACGACUCCUUGCUCAUUUUCACAUCAAAAUGGACACCGUGGGGAAGGUCAUCAAGUGCAAAGCUGCCGUGGCAUGGGAGGCCAACAAACCCUUAGUGAUCGAGGAGAUUGAGGUGCAGCCCCCUGGGGAGGGGGAGGUCCGCAUCAAGAUUGUUGCGGCGGCAUUGUGCCACAGUGAUCUGUACUACCUGGCCGAGGACCGGAGGCCAGAGAUCUUCCCACUUGUUCUUGGCCAUGAGGCCGCAGGCAUUGUGGAAAGUGUCGGCCCUGGUGUCACUGAGUUCCAACAAGGAGACAAAGUGAUCCCCAUGAUGAUCGCCCAGUGCCGAGAAUGCCGUUUCUGUAAGAGUCCUAAGACCAACCAGUGUGAGAAAGCAUGGGACGUGGUUCCGCACAAUUUGGCGAAUGCUCCGGUGUCCAAGCUUAGCUGCAAGGGCAAGACACUGAUGCAGUUCAUGGCAAUCAGCACGUUCUCUGAGUACACGGUGGCCAGGCAGAUCGCCGUGGCUAAGAUUGACCCUGCUGCCCCUUUGGAGAAAGUGUGUGUACUUGGCUGUGGAGUCGGCACAGGAUUUGGAGCGGCAGUGAACACUGCCAAGGUGGAACCAGGUUCCACCUGUGCUGUCUUCGGCCUGGGAGCUGUGGGUUUGGCCGCAGUCAUGGGCUGCAAGGCUGCCGGGGCCUCAAGGAUAAUCGCUGUCGACACAAACUCCGGCAAGUCGGAGAAGGCCAAGGUGUUUGGAGCCACCGACUUUGUGAAUCCAAAGGACCACAGCAAACCAGUGAGCCAAGUCAUCUGUGAGAUGACCAACGGCGGGGUCGACUUCUCACUGGAAUGUGUCGGAAACGUUGCUGUCAUGCACAGCGCCUUGGAAUCCUGUUUACCAGCCUGGGGGGUCAGCGUCAUUGUUGGUUGGACGGAGAGAGACAAGUUUUCAGCUCUGCCUGGUGACCUCAUCCAUGGACGAACAUGGAAGGGCUCCGUGUAUGGAGGCUUUAAGGGGAAAGAUGGUCCAACUGGGAUGGUGAAGUCGUUCCUCGACAAGAAGAUGAAUCUGGAUGAGUUCAUCACUCACAACCUGCCUCUGGAGAAGAUCAAUGAUGCGAUUGAGAUGUUAAUGGAAGGGAAAUGCAUCCGGACGGUCCUGCACUUUGCGCCACAGUAAAGCCAUCGACCAGACUUCUGCCGCCCAGUCGCCAAUUGUUCCAAAUGAUCAAUGCUAGCGUGGUGAGAUGGAGGAGGAUGAUCCGCUGUGGCGACUCCAGAAGGGUGAAGCCGAAAGGAAAAGAAGAUCAAUGCUAGCGUGCCAAAAUUUGAAGGUGUUUCAUAUCAGUCAAUAAAAAUCUCGCCUUCUUUA